AUUAAAUGGAGCAGCUCACUUUUAGCUAGGGCAUAUUUCCAACCCGAUGGACGAGCAAAGCGGAAGUCUUCUCACGGAAAUCUUCUCUCCGCCGCAGAACGUGUUCCCUUCGUCGGACCGGUGAAUCACCCGUCAAGCCGUGUUCAAGCUUUCUCUCGGUGAAUCAGCCCUCCCUUGUUCGUCUUGGCUUACCUCUUUUCGUCCGAUUGGUUCUCUCACUCGGUUGUUUCAGAGCCUUCAAGUUGAUCACUUUCUGGCAAGGAUGCCGAUAGAUAAAAGUUGGAUAUUUAUAAAGAAUCGAUUAUCAGAAGAGUUUUGGAAUGGAUUACAAGGUUUUAUAGACUAUGCAAAAGACUUUGUGAAUGAAGAAGGAAAGAUAAGUUGUCCCUGUAAACAUUGUGUAAAUGGGCAAAUGUUCCCAUUGAGAGAUGUUAAAAGGCACAUCUUUGAAUGUGGCUUUGAUGUGACAUAUGCACAUUGGGUUUUUCAUGGUGAGCCACCUGAGUUACCAUCAUAUCAAAAUUCGAUUGCAGGCAAUGAGUCAGAUGAUGAAAUGGCCGCUGUACUUAAUGACAUUGUUGCGGAAACUCACGACCAUGGCAUUGGAGGUGAGACCACAAACAAUACCACUGAUGAAGGGUAUAGUCAGUAUGAGGAUCUAUUAUCCGAGCUCCACACAGAGUUGUAUCCGGGGUGCACCAAGGUUUCAUCACUAAUUUUUUUAGUGAAACUUAUGCAUUUGAAAGUACUUUAUAAGUGGCCAAAUGAGUGUAUGGAUUCAGUGCUAAAGCUACUAAAAGAUGUACUGCCUAAUGGCAGUAAGUUACCAACUUCUCAUUACGAGUCAAAGAAAAAGUUGAGCAAAUUAGGAUUAGGGUAUCAAAAGAUUCAUGCAUGUAAGUAUGAUUGUGUUUUAUUCUGGAAGAGUAAUGCAGAUCUACAGACAUGUCCAAUUUGCAACACAAGUCGGUGGAAAAAUGAAAGGGGGGGGGGGGGGAAAGUUCAAUGGAAGGUUCUCCGUUAUUUUCCACUAAAGGAUCGAUUGAGACGGUUGUUUGUUUCACGUCACACCUCCAAGGAAAUGACAUGGCAUCAAAGGGGAAAAUCUACUGAUCCAGAUGUGAUGCAUCAUCCAGUUGAUGGUAAAGAGUGGAAAUAGUUUGAUGAGAACUACCCCGACUUUGCUAGUGAACCCAGAAAUGUGCGGUUGGGGUUAUCUGCAGAUGGAUUCAAUCCACCUGCUUUCUUUGAUAUCAUGGUCCAUGUUGUGAUGCACUUACCAUAGGAAGCCAUUCGAGGAGGGCCUGUUCAUCUAAGAUGGAUGUAUGCGAUUGAACGGUUUCUUGGCUCUUUGAAGAAGUAUGUUAGGAAUCGUGCACAUCUAGAAGGAUCUAUUGCUGAGCCUUAUAUCGCGAAUGAAGCAUUGACAUUCUGCUCAAUGUAUUUAAGUGACAUUGAGACAAGAUUCAACAGAUUGGAGAGGAAUUGGAUUGAUAGUGAUGUUCACAAUGCAGGAAGUUUGCCUAUCUUCCAAUCUCGAUGUCGUCCAAUUGGAAAAAAGUCUCCAAUAACUUUGGACUACAAUAUGCGGAAUAAAGCAGAGUGGUACAUCUUACAAAAUUUGAAGUUAUGAAAUUUGAAGUUAUGAAUUAGUUUCCUUCUUUCACAGGAGAUCUCUGGAAAAAAUUUACAAAAUAGAGAAGCAAGUGAUGAUAAAAGUUGGCAUGGUAGAAAAUCAUAUGCCCAAUACAUGCACGAAAAAGAUAAUCCAAUAAUUAGUGAGGAGUCUUCGGCUCUUGAAAAUCGGAAGGAUCAACGCUUGACUCGUAGUGGUGAAUGGAGGACUAAAGAAGAACAUGACAAAUAUGUCCGAAUGAGCGAGGAGUACCAGACACAAUUAGAACAAGCAGGCUCAUCUUCAUCAAUAAAUGAAAUUGAGAUCAUGAACCGAAACUUGAAGAAUCAUCGAGGACGACAAAGUGGAGUAGGUCCUACACUGUCAAAGAGUGCAUCUCGUCGCUUGGAAGAUGGUGCUACUUCCACAUUGCAAGAUCACCGUGAUGCUCAGAUAAGUGAAUUGCGGGCAAAUCAUGAAUUGAUAUUGAGUGCUCUACGACAUUUUAUUCUCGGCUUUCAGUUGCCUUCACACGCCUCCGGAAGCGACGUUCCUUCGAUGUCCAGUGCGAACCAACCUGAUGAGAGGCACAAUGAUAAUGACGAUGAUGAUCAGAAUUAGUGAUAGCAUGUUCAAUAUGUGUUCUAAUUUGUUAAGGUGGAUGAGUUUAUGUCUGUUUGAAUUAUGACUUUGUUUGACAUGAAUUACUUUAGCUUUAAUGUUAAUUUAAUAUUAUUAGACAUUUAACGAAUUGAUAUGUUGGGAAUGAUAUUAGAUUUU